CACCACAUAAAAGACAUUGCGUUUUAGACACCGUUAUUCCGCAAUAUUUAUUAUUAUUAUAUACCUUUUAUUAAUAUUAUUAUUCUGAGUUUUAUAAUAAUUAUAUUAUACGUUUGUUUAUUUAUUUUUUUUUUUUUCAAAUAUCUAUACAUACUUUUGCUAAACCCGAUACAUCCACAAUUUUUCAUUCCAAACGUUAAAUUUUCUUUUCUUUCAUUUGAAUAAUUAACAAAAGUUUCAUUUUUUUAUAAUAUUAUUAAUCUGUGUUUCUUUUAAUUAUUCGUGCGAGUUUUAGUUCAAAUAAUUUAUCAAGUUUUUUUUUCAAACAUCCAAAUUGUUCCUUAGGGGUUAAUUUGUCUGCGAAUAUAAUCCUCGAACCUUUAAUAUUGUUUUUUUUUUUUUUAUAUAAUAUAUACGGUAUUAUAUGUAUUUUAAUUUUUGAUUAUACUCUUUAUUCCUGAAAAACUUGAAAAAAAUAUUUAUAAAUUCGGUACAAAAAAAAACAGUUCAAAUUCAAAUCGUUUGCGAAUUUUCUAAAAUUUACAAACAAAGAAACUUAAUUAAUUUUCAUGUUAAAAUUAUAUUCUCCAUCUGAAACUUCUUCCAAUUUUUUAAAUAAUUAUAUAAAGUACAUUUAAUUGCGCACAAAUGUUAAUACGGUGAUAAAAAAUAGAUAAAAAAAAAAAGCUUUUUUUUUCUGUUUAACAAAAUCAAUUAUUAAUUUUUCUAAAUAAUAAAUAAAGUGAUCACGCAACUUGAAGAUUAUAUAUCUUAUUAAAUUAAUUAAUUAGUGGUGAUUAAUAAUCUUGAUCAAUUUUAUAAUUAUUUCAUCAAAUAUUUUUUCAAUUAAAAAUACAAAAAAAAAUAAAAAGUCUUCGGCGUGAGACAAGAAAAAAAUCUUUAUUAAUUGAAACUAAUUAUUUGUCAAUGCACAAUUUAAAUAUUAUUAGUCAAAAUUAAUUAGAAAAUAUAUAUAUUAUAUAUAAAUUUAGAAAAAAAAAAAAAAACCCAACACUGCGUUCCGUUCUGCGCUGUAGUUCAGCAUCCUCCAACCACUGAUUUUCAUCGUUAACCGAAUUUCAUAUACGAGUAGUUAGAAAAGGUCAAGUGUUUUAAGAACGAGUGCAAUGAUGGCAAACGGAAUGGAUACAGUUGUGCAACAAAAUGGGGGUUCAACCCUUGGACAAACAUCUCAAGAGGAGUCAAAGACGAAUCUUAUCGUUAAUUAUCUACCACAAACAAUGACCCAAGAAGAAAUACGAUCACUAUUUUCCAGUAUUGGUGAAGUUGAGAGUUGCAAACUUAUUCGUGAUAAAGUCACUGACGUCACCGCAGCUUUGUCGGUUGCCGGCGAUUCGUUAUCCCCGGGACAAUUUUCUUUUGAUGACUCCACUGGUGUUUCAGGACAAAGUCUUGGUUAUGGAUUUGUCAAUUAUCAUCGACCUGAGGAUGCUGAAAAAGCAAUCAACACUCUUAAUGGUCUUCGAUUGCAAAAUAAAACGAUCAAGGUAUCGUAUGCAAGACCGAGCAGUGAAGCAAUAAAAGGAGCAAAUCUUUAUGUCAGUGGAUUGCCAAAAAAUAUGGCACAACAGGAUCUUGAAAAUCUAUUCAGUCCGUACGGUAGAAUUAUCACUUCACGAAUUCUAUGUGAUAACAUCACUGUACGACAAUUUGUGACUGGCGGUGGAGACAAUUUACCCGGACUGUCAAAAGGUGUUGGAUUCAUUCGAUUCGAUCAACGCGUUGAGGCCGAACGAGCAAUCCAGGAACUCAAUGGAACAAUACCAAAGGGAUCAUCAGAGCCAAUUACUGUUAAAUUUGCAAAUAAUCCGAGCAACAACAACAAAGCGAUACCACCAAUUGCAGCAUAUUUGGCACCACAAGCUAGUCGUCGAUUUGGCGGUCCAAUUCAUCAUCCAACUGGCCGCUUCAGGUACAUUCCACUGUCGCCACUAUCCAGCACUGGCAAGGCCAUGCUUGCCAUUAACAAAGGCUUACAGAGUCAAUUGCGAAAUGAUUACAGGUACAGUCCCUUGGCAGGUGAUCUACUAGCAAAUUCAAUGCUACCAGGAAACGCAAUGAAUGGAAGUGGUUGGUGCAUUUUUGUUUACAAUUUAGCACCAGAAACUGAAGAAAAUGUACUUUGGCAAUUAUUUGGACCAUUUGGUGCUGUACAAUCAGUUAAAGUUAUACGUGAUUUACAAACAAAUAAAUGUAAAGGUUUUGGUUUUGUAACAAUGACCAAUUAUGAAGAAGCUGUUGUUGCAAUACAAAGUCUCAAUGGUUAUAAUCUUGGUACACGUGUACUACAAGUUAGUUUUAAAACAAACAAAAGCAAGGCUGCGUAGGACAAGGAUAUUUAUAUUAAUAAAUCACCUACUAAUAUGAUUAAUGAUACAUGGUUACGUACUGCUGAUUUAAAAAAUUAUUGCAAUGAUAUAACAUCAUUAUUAAAUGAUAGAACAAAUAGACAUAAUGAUCCAAUAAUAAGACAACGUCAACAACAAUUGCAACAAUUUUAUAUUAAUCAAUUAAUACAACAGCAGCAACAAACACACUAUCAUCAACAUCAUCAUCAUCAUCAUCACAAUAAUAAUAAUAAUAAUCAUAAUAAUCAUCAUUAUCAUCAUAAUCAGCAGCAUCAGUAUCGUGGUUUUGGCUAAUUUUAUUCAGCGAGCCCCCCAAAUAAUUAAUUUAAAACGACAAAAAUAACGACAGCACAACAAUGCCAGUUUGAUGUGAAAUAAUAAAAAAAUAAUAACCGGAUAAGUAGUAAUAUUAAUCGACAAUUUAUAUAAAAUAAAAAAAGAAUAAAAUUCUAUUGAUUAAAUACAACAACACAGAGCAACCAAAUAAAUGAUUAAAAAAAAAAAAAAACAAUAUUAAGAUAAAGAACAAAAACGAGAUAAGAAAAAAAAAAAAAAUAUUAAAUUACGAUGAAAUAAAUAAUAACGAGUAUUAGGAACGAAUGUAAUUUUUUCCUGUUAGUGUAAAUGAAAUAUGAUUGUAUGUAAGAGAGAGAGAGUGUAUAUGAAAAAAAAGUUUGUCUAUUUGUUGAAAAAGUUUGUCUGUCUUUUACAUGAGCAACUUGUCAACGAUUGCCAAAAUAAAAAAAAAAAAAAAAAGCAUAUCGUUGUGACAUUUUUUUAAAAUAUUGACGAAAAUAUAAAUUUAAAUAACGAGUUGACUUGACAAAAUGAUAGCUUUGUUUAAGUAAUUAAUUAUGUGAAAAAGCGACAUAGAAAAAAAACGAAAAAUGAUUACGAGAGAGAAAUAAAAUAAAUUAUGACGAAAAAAAUAAUAAUUAAAUUAAUAAUAAAAAAUAAAAUUUCUUAUACUGAGAUUAAUAUUAUCGCCUGAGUAUUUUGUACAUACAUUUAUGAUUUAUGUAAUUGUAUGUUUAAUAUCAAUUUAAAAAGGGCUGAUAAAAUUAAUCUGUUUAAAGAAAAUAAUGGAAAAAAAAAAAAAAAUAUGCUCCUCUUGUAAAAUAUUCUAGAAUUUAUAUAAUUCGACAACUGAGGGCCUGUGGAUGAGGUAUUCAAUUAAAUGAAAUUUAAAAAGUAAAAUAUGAUGAAUUUAAUGCUGUGACAUUUUUGAUUGAUUCGAUGAUAAUUAUAAAUCUUUUUUUAAUCUUUGUUUUUUAAAUAUAAUUAUAAAUAAAUUAAAGUCCUCCAUAAUCCCUCAGCUGGCGCCUGAUUAAACUGAUACACAUUAAUUAAUUUGUGUAUAAUUUUUAGAUUAUUGUAAUUAAGAGUUCAAAGUAAAAUACAUUUAUUAUUGAAGUAAUAAUAAGAAAAACAAAAAAAUAAAAAAAAACACGUAAUUCACAUGAUAAUGAGUAAAUGACGAGACAAAUUAAUUUAAAAAAAAAUUGAAAUCAAUCCAAAAUGCGCGGACCAAAAAAAAUUCUUUAAAUCAAAUGAAUAUUUAUAAAUUUAUUAAAAUAAAAUUUGAUAAAAUUACAAUAUUUAUUUUGAUUGAAAAAAAUUUUUUUUCGUCAGUUGCAGUGUUAAGUUAAACGAUUAAUUGAUUUGAAAUAAAUAUUAACACAAGUAUAAAUGAAAAAGUAUGCCCUGGAUUAAAAAAAAAAAAAAUAGAAAUGUUUAAUAAAUUAAAAAUAUUUUGGGUCGGGGCUCGCACAUAAACAAAAAGUGAAUAAAUAAAAUGAUAAUGAAAGAAAGAAAGCAAAUAUGAAUAGAUGAAAGAAAUAAAAAUCGAUAAUUUAAUAACAAUGAGGAAUUUAAAUUAGAAAAAAAAAGAAAAAUAAAAUUUUUAAAGUGAGAAUAAAAGUUAAGGCAGCCACGCGGCCGAUUUGUACUUAAUUCUAGUUGAUAUUAAUGCGGCCCGUGAUCGAUGGGCUUACAAGUCUAAUUAAAAAUGAAAAAAAAAAAUGCAAAUUGUUAAUUGAAAUAUUAAACUGCAUUUAUAAAAUUAAAAUAAUCAAUUAGGAAAGAUUUAAAAAUAAAUCAAAAAGAACACAAAACAAAUAUUUAUUUAAAAAAAAAAAAAAUGAAAAAAAAAAAAUACAAAAAUACCACAGCACUUGAUUCAUUUCGAAUAGAAAAAAAAAAAAUUCACCGAGUUUUUUUUUAAAAAAAUCUUGAGUGUCACAGUGCUAGUCAUAAUUUUGUUGUUAUUUUUUUUUUUUUUUUUCCUUUUUUUUUUCUUUUAAAUAAACAAAAAAACAAUUUGAUAAAAAAAAAAAAAACAUGAAAAGCUGUCUCGUAUAAAACAGAUGAAAAAAAAAAAAAAAAAUUGUGAAAACGUGUUAAAAUCAGAAUUAAUAAUUCGCAGUAUUCGUGGCACUUUGAUCGAGUCAACUUAUUUCGAUAAUGAAGCAAAAAAUAUCGAGGAAUAAAAUAAAUACGCCCAUUGUUAAUUUUCGUAGCUGAGCAUAUGAAAAUUUUUUAUUUAUAAGAACAAUUAUUCAAUCAAUUUAAUAACAUAUAAAUGUAUUAUAUGUAUAACUUAAUUAACUUUGAUAUUUAAUAUGUAUAAACUCAAUCAAUCAUAUAUAUUUUCUUGAUAAAUUUUUCCCACGAGUUUAUUAUUAAUCAAUUAACAAAAAUAAUUUUUUUUAAAAUUGUUUUUGUACUCGUGAUUGAUUCAUGCAAUUUGUAUAUCUCAGAUUAAAUAAACAAAAUAAAAUAAAUAAAUCAAUUGAAUAAAAAAAAAGCAAAAUUAUAUGAUCAAAUAUAUAUAUAUAUAUACUCUGAGAAAUCAAUUAAUUAAUUUAAAAAAAAUAAUUAGUUGAUUAGUGUGGGUGGUGGUAGUAGAAAAAUGUUGUAAUUUAAAAAAAAAAAAAAAAAUUCCAUCGAGUUGACUCGAUCGUUGUGUAACGCUCGAAAUGUAAAAUCAAAUCAACGAUAUUUACAAGAGUUGUUUAUUAUUAAAAGGGAGGGCCGGGGGGGAAAGGGAGAUGUUUCUUUUUUUUUUUUUUUAAAUAUUCAAAGAAUCACAGUAUCGAUUAUCGUUGAUUAACGAGAAAGUUACGUCUAGUCUACGUGCAACGUGACAUCUCGUCACUCAACUUUAUACAAUGAAUUAGCCUAGGAUUAGUGAGCAAAGAGGGGUAUAAGCUAGUUUGUCAUAGAAAAACUCAAAAAAAUAUAAAAAAAAAAUAAAAUAAAUGAUUAAAUAAACCAGAAUAAAAUAAAUAAAAGGGAAGAAACAAAUAUUAAAAUCAUUUAGAAAAAAAAAACAAAAAAAAAAGAUUUAAUUGAAAAAAGAAAAAAAGUAUAGAUAUACUUUUUUUUUUUUCUUUGUUUUUUUAUUUCCCAGUGAUUAAUUGUAUAUUUCAUAAUAACGUGAGAUAAAAAAUUGUAUAUCGUGUCCUAUUUAUGUGUACCUCUAUGUGUCUAGUCCUCGUAGGUCGGUUAUUUUAUUCCGCCUCGAUAAACAAAUCAAGCAUAAUGAUAAUUUAAAAAUGAAAAAAAAAAAACAAAAAAAAAAAAGUUAACGAAAAAUUAUUAUUAAGAAAAAAAAUAAAAGCAAUGAGAGGCAAUAGUAUUUCUGUCUUUCAAACGUUUUUUUUUUUAUUUUUUUCUACUAAAGAUAGAGAAUAUUUAAACAAAUAAUUAAUUAGAAAUUUAAAUUUAAAAUACAAGGCAGGAGCCGACGAAAAUCAAGUUAAGAAAAAAAAAAAAAAAAAGGAAAAAUCGGGGGAAAAACCUUAACAAGGUUUUUUUUUUUUUCUAGUUAAUAUUAUUUAAAUUUAUUUAACGUUCUUAUAAUAUUUCUCACGUAUCGGUGUUGUCGCGUGACUAGCGUAGAUUUAGUUUUUUUUUUGUCUAUUUUCGAAAUAAUUUUUUUUUGCUAAUUUUGAUUUAUUAUCUUUCCAUCUACAAAAUCGAAGGAUAUUUUUUUUUCUCAUCUGCACACUGUCAAGUGAUGCAAGAAAAGAAAGAAAAAGAAAUUUAAAAAAAAGGACACGUCUGAUGAUAAGAUCAUUAGAAAUUAAAAUGAUUUUAUUUAAGAUAAAAUUUGCUUUGUUUGGUUUUUUUUUUUUUAGUUUUAUUUAUCGUCCUUUUUAGAUAAUAUAUUUUUUUUUGUUUAUUUUAAUUAUUCUACUAUGAUUAUUUUAAUAAUUAUUAUUAAACAUUUAUUAUUAUAAUUAUGUCAUUUAGUCCUAUUCACAAUUUCACUUCAUACUUAUUAUUAUUACUCUUAUUAUAAUUAAUCGUCGCAAUCAUUUAUAUUAUUUUUGUGUCUAUUAUUUGUCGUAGUUUUAGUUUAUAACCACACAUUAGUUUAAUUUAAUGUUGCUUAACUUAUCCAGAAGUCUUGAAUUUUUAAAAAAAUAAAAUGGUUUUCAACAAAUAAUAAUAACAAAAUAAAUAAAUAAAAUCAUCAAAACAAUGAAAAAAAAAAAGAACAAAUGAAUUGAAAAAUUUUAACUAACAGAAAAUUUUUUAUAAAUUCAUUUACUAAAAAUAAAUUAACAAUUGGUAUAAAAAAAAAAAUAAAUAAAUAAUAAAUAACAAUUGGAUAAGAUCUGAAACGCAUUAGAAAAAAAAAAAAAAAAGCAGAGAUAUUAAUUACUAUCAAUUUACUCUCUCUCUCUUUCUCUAAUUUUUUUUUUUUUUUCUAUUUUUUUUUUUCUUUUUUAGUUGAAUCACAAAAACAUUACUCAAUUACUUACCACUACGCUAUUACUACCACCACCGAUUAUUUAUUUAUUUAUUAUUUAAUUAUUAUAUAACAAAAAAAAAUUAUGUUUUAUUUGAUAUAAUUAAACUGAUUUGUGUUUGGUUCAAUGGUCGUUUUGUUUAUUUUUUUAUUUUCAUUUAUGUCUUUCAGUUGCAUACCCAUUCCUUCUUCCAAAAAAACACCUUAUUCAUCAAUUAUCUUUCGAAUGAAAAAAAAAGUUAUUAUAACACAUUUUUUUUCUAAUUAUUUCAUUGGUUUUUUUUUUUAUAUUCUUAAACAUUCCAUAAACAAAGUAAAAAAAAAAAAAGCGCGCAAGACUGAAUAACUCGUUCAGUAAUUUUUUUUUUUCAUUUCCAAGUAGUUUAUUUUAACAAAAAUCUUUUUAACAAUUUAAUUGGUAAGUUUAAAUCGAUUUUACAAUAAUUCUUAUUGUUUAUUUUAAUUUAAUAUUAAUUUUUUUUUCAUCUAAUCUUGAUUAGAAAUUUUUAAUAUCGAGUAAACGCGCCUGCUUUUUUUUUUUUUAAAUAAGGAAAAACCUCGAGGGAUGAAUACAUUGACAAGUCCCUGAUCCAUGUGAUAAAAAAACCUCCGAAUAAUUUAUAUAGGUAUAUGUCAUAUAUAUAAAAUUAAAAAAAAAAUAAUAUAUCAUUCUCUCGAUGAAAAUUAUUGGAGUUAAAAAUAUAAUCAAUUUAUAUAACGUAAAAUAAUAAUCAAUAAAUCCAUGUCGCAUAAAUGCUUCCAAUUGAUAAAAAAUAAAAUAAAAAAUAAAGCGAUUACAGGAUUAUUCGUAAUUUAAAAAUGCACAAAAUAUACUUAAAUAAUUUUUAUAAAUAAAAAAACUCCAAUAAGUAAAUUUAAAUGUUUAAUAAUUAUUUCAUCGAGAGUAUGAUGAAUUAAUAAAAUUGGCAAAAAUUUAGGAGAAAAAAAAAUUAAAUUAAACAACUUGAAAAUUCAAUUCAAUUCUUUUUAUAUAAUUAAUUGAUAUACAAUAAUUAUUCGACAAAAUUCGGUCGAUAUAUGGCCUAAAAAAAUAAUGGAAAAUAAAAUAACAACCGCAGCUCGAGAUUAUUAAUUUAUAAAAUAGUUAAAAGAGUCGAGAAAAGUCCGAAUAUAAUUAUGUCGAUCACAAAAAAUUACAAUGAAAUAAAUAAAAAUUGUUAUUGAAUAAAUAUAUAUGAACAGAAAUAAAUAAUUAACAACUGAAAAUAAUAUUUAAAAAUAUCAAUAACGCACGAGGCUUCCUUCAGUGAUGAUUAAAAUUUUAUUUAUAAUUUUUUUUAAUAUAAUAAAAUCAUUAAUUGUUUCUGUAAAAAAAA